AUGGAAAAACUUCAAAUUUCAGGAUACUAUAUCAAUAUUGAUGGAUCAGAUUAUAAUACAUUUGGAAAAGUAGAAGGUAAGUGGAUAAAAAACUGUCAAUUUUAUAUUGAUAUUAGUAAACAAGUUAUUUUAAAAAGUAAUGGAUCACAAGAAAAGUUAAUAGAAGCAGAAAGAAGUAGCAAGGAUAUUGAUGUAUAUAGCGGCCCCGUUGGUGACAGUUUGUACGAACCAAUUUCAAUGAGAGUUGGCGACUUAAAAAAUAAAAUUAAUUUUGUAGUUUUUUCUGGCUUUGGUAUUGGUAAAGGCUCUAAAGAUACUGUUACAAGUUUAAACAAGUUCCCAAAUGACUAUGGGAUACUUUUACCUGGAGGUAUUAAAAUUUCCCUUUAUUCAUCCCCACAAAAUACCUCAGUUCAAAUUAUUUCAAACCAAGAUGAUGAUGUUCAGUCUCAAUUAUUUUAUCAAAACUUUAGAGAUAUUAAAUUCCAUUUGAACCAACACAAGUGUCUCAGUGCCGCAUCUGUAUUUGAGUCGGUUCCAUUCUGCGAUUUACCAGGAUUUGACCAUCAUGCAUUUCAUAUAAUGGAUCAAGACCCAUUGAAAUUUAUCGAAAACUACUGCAGUCCAUCCAAUGAUGAUUAUAAACAAUUUAAACAAUUUAUUCUCAAAAUGCACUCACUCUUUAAUCUUUUAAUAUGGGAUAUUGAAGACCAAUUAAAUCAAUACCCAGGCUUAAUUUUAAUUCUCGGUAGAGCUUAUAAAGAAAUCAAUGAACAACAUAAGCAAUACCAAGGUGACUCAUUAAGAUUAGAAUAUCAGCUUAGCUUUCCUUGUGACCUCUUUGGCUUAAAUACCCUCUUUGUUCAUACUUGGGAAAAGAAGUAUCUAGACCAUUUCAAAGACGAUACUAAAUAUCAAAGACCAUGCUCUGUUGGAUUUUUAACAUCAUCUUUAAAUCCAAAUGAAUUUAACGAAUCAAAAUCAAAUAUUUUUGAAGCUAUAGUCGAUGCACCUUUUGGUGAUCAUCCAUAUGGAGUCAACUCUAUUAAUGUUUUAAAAUCACUUUUUGGAACUAAUGAUAUUAACCAAGUUAAAAGCAAAUCAUUCAUUGUUCCAACAAUUAACUCAUUCGAACCAAUCAAUGCCCAAUAUGCAAAUGUAGAAAAUUGUAUAACCUUUGUCAAUGAAGAAUUUAUUUCAAAAUUAACAGAUAUGGUUAUCUCUAAAGGCUUAAUGGGUAUUUGUCUUUACAAAGAUAGAUCCGAGUUUAAAAAAGAUAAUAAGCCAUUGGAUUUAAAAUCCAAUAAUGACAAUAAGCUUAUUCCACCUGCAACUAUAAAGUAUGAUGAUUCUAUUUCAAAAUUAUAUACACACGAAAAUCAAUUAAAAACAGAAAAUUUCAUAAACUAUUUAGAUCAUUUAAAGAAAUAG